AUGUACAAACCAACAGCAUCUGAAGUUUUAAUUCUCCUGCUUCUGUUAUGUGUAUCUGCAACUGCUAAUGGAUUUCCAAAAUGCAACUGUGAUGAUGAAACAAGCUGGUGGACUAUUGACAACAUUCUAGAAUGCCAGAAAAUCGGGGAUUUCUUAAUCGCCAUUGCGUAUUUCUCGAUCCCUGUCGAGCUUCUCUAUUUCAUUAGUUGCUCAAAUAUUCCAUUCAAAUGGGUUCUUUUUCAGUUCCUUGCAUUCAUAGUCCUUUGUGGAAUGACACAUUUGUUUAACAGUUGGACUUAUGGACCCCACACUUUUCAAACCGUUGUGACACUAACGGUCUUAAAAGUCCUUACUGCAAUGGUUUCAUUGGCAACUGCCAUAACAUUGAUUACUUUGAUCCCUUUGCUUCUUAAAGUGAAGGUUCGAGAGUUUUUGCUCAAGCGUAAGACAAGGGAGCUUGGAAUCGAGGUUGGUAUGAUCACGAAACAGAAUGAAGCUGGAAUGCAUGUGAGAAUGCUUACUCAAGAGAUUCGAAAAUCGCUCGAUAGACAUAAGAUUUUGUAUACUACUUUGGUUGAAAUGUCGAAAACUUUAGGGUUGCAGAAUUGUGCUGUGUGGAUGCCUAAUGUUGAUAAAACCGAAAUGAACCUCACUCAUGAGUUGAACGGGAGGAAUGUUAACUCUUCUAUACCGAUUACUGAUUCGGAUGUUGCAAGAGUUAAGGGAGAUAAUGUGAGAAUGAAGCUGGAAUGCAUGUGA